AACGAGAAGAUUUGAAGAGUUUGAAAUAUCUUAUACUGAAUAGUUAUUUGACAGUGCAGUUGUGCUUCCAUACAGUUAAUCAUUUUAAAAAUCGUACUAAUAUAUAUUAACAUUAAUACUAAUUAAGUUGUAACAAAACCACAUUUUAAAUUGUGUUAUUUUGUUUAUCAGUAAAAAAAUGCGACUUUUUAAAAGACGAAACUCAGACCCCAGCCCCCACACAAUACAAAAUGGUUCCUGUGAAACUUAUCAUCCACUUGAUGUGGACUGUUGCACCUCUAAAAUAGAAGGUGUUUCCUAUUUGGAUAAGAAACUUGAACCAAACUGGGAUUUUACAAAGACCAAUUCGUCCGAAUUUCUAUCGGAAAUAACAGGUAGAAGUUGCUGGACGCCUUGGCAAAAACGCAUCGGCGUGUUAGAACACAAAAGUUCCAAUGCAGGAAGUCAGUCAUCUUCCAUCGAAAAUAUUCCUUACGGAAAUCAACCAAAAAAAUCGAAAGAAUUUAACAAAAAACAAACACCUGACACACUCCAUUCUGAUCUCAAAAAGAUAUAUGAAAUAUAUAAAGAAUGCAGUAACACAAAGAAAACAGUAAAAUAUACUGCUAGAAGUAAAAGAAAACUUAAAUCGACAAUGGAAAAUCUUGAAUUAAACGAAAAGCAGCUCCUGGAUUAUCUUCUUUUGGUGAAACCAGAUGCGAAAGAACUCAAGGAUUUAAUAAACGACCUUAAAGCAAACGAAAAAAGGAAGUCUAAAAAGAUGACAUCACUUGCAGAAGAAAACACCGGAAAAACAUUACGUAAAAAGAAAAGCGUUAGAAACUUAUUCUCUUUAAGUUUUUCAAAGUCCGACGAUGAAAGCGAAUGUAUUAACAGAUUCAAACGAACGUCUUCAUCGGGGAGUCUAUCAAGUCUUAGUGACAUGCUGAUGCAUACAAAAAAAGCACUUUCAUUGUCAGAAAUUUCCUCAAUGGUAUCUUCAAUUACCGGAAAGUCGGAUGAAAGCGGCUAUAGUACCGACUCAACUAGAAACCCUUCUUCUUUAAGAGCAUCAUUUAAAUCAACUUGUUCAGAUUCCUCAAAUUUGAACACGAGAGAUGUAACCAACAUAACAUUCCUCAAUGAUACUAAUGAAUCCGAUAAAACCCUACGAUGUCUCGAAGUAGAUAGUUCAUACGACAAUUUCGACAAAUCACGAACUGCUUUAGGCUCCAUGAAGCGACCAAGAUCAGACAGUACGGAUGAUAACAAAUAUACUCCUAAUUCAAAGAAGGUAAUAGAUAGUUCCAAAGUCAAUACAUCUCAUAAAAAUUACGAAAAUAUAAAGCCAAAUCAUUUACAAACCCCUCAAACAAAUAACAUUAAUUCGUACACAAACACACCAUUAAGGGAUAGAACUGAAAUUGAAACUAAAAAUGUGAAACUUAUGGAAGAACUAGUGAAAAGUUUUAAUGAUAAACUGAGAAAUAUUUCUUUAGAUCACGACUCAAUUUUAGUUCCUAACUAUCCUUCAACCUUACGUUCUGAUGGAACUUACCAGUCUUUUAGAAGACCGCUUAUUGAAAAAGAUUAUAAAUGUGUUCGUUUAAAAUUAAAUUGUACACAAAAAACCGGAAUUACUAUUGCAGAGAAAAAUGAACCUACUACAAAAAAUAAUUCAUUUGUCAUUACUGAUAUACAUCCAGGAUCAAUAGCUGAAAGAAAUGGUAAUUUAUGGAUUGGCGAUGAAGUUGUUAAAUUAAAUGGAGUUCGUCUCAGAGGUGUUUCUUUCACUUCUGCCCUUAGGUUACUUGCUCCAAUUAACGGUGAAUUAGAAAUAAUUAUUUCACGAAUAAAGGUUGUUGAUAACGAGAGAACGAGGGGAGAUUAUAAGACUUUAAGAGAAAGAAACAUUGAUAGAAACGAAUUGUCUAAUAAGAAAAUUUUUCAGAGAAUAGAUUCCACUGAUCAAGUGGUUAAAAAAACCCGUGAAAAUACCGAUGUACCUUUGAUCUAUAAGAAUUCUGAACCAUGUAGACAACACGUUUCCCAGUUAUCAAAUAAUCCUGCAAAUUAUAAAAUCCCAAGAGUAGUUGGGGAGAUGGUUAAAGAAGGGCCAUUAACUCCAAGAUUAAGACGAUUAAAUGAAAAUAACCUACUGAGGCGAAAUAAUACACCAACAUCUUCAAUUAAGAGAAUCUGUACAACUACUCCAAGAAAUCAUAAAAAUGCGAUAUUUUCCGUGAAUUUCCAGAAAGGUCCCGACAAAAAGUCACUGGGAUUUUCUAUCGUUGGUGGGGCUGAUUCUCCGCGGGGACCAAUGGGAAUAUUCGUGAAAACUGUAUUUGAAAAUGGACAGGCUGCUGAAUGCGGAAAUAUUACAACAGGUGAUGAAAUUCUUGCAGUUAAUGGAACUCCUUUCCACGGUUUAACUCACAAAGAAGCCAUAACAAUUUUUAAAAACAUUAAAACUGGUAAUAUCAAAAUUGAUAUCGCUAGACGUUUUAACCAAAGAAAAUUCGAGUCAAUUUAAUAGUUAGGGUGUGUAUUAUAAAAUAUAUUUAUCUUCUAUUUUCCUUUUUCU